AUGGCCACUGGUAUCGUGGUCGAAAACCGUCGUUGCUAUCUCCCCCUAGACCAGCGAGUCGUGCGCGCAGGCUUCUGGUGCGGCAACUUAUCGCCCGUCGCGGUCGCCUUGGGUGUAAUUAUCCUGCAAGCGGGUGUGGUUAUCCUGCGGGCCGUGGAGUGGAUCCUGUACACAUCGGGGUUCAGGAUAACGGCGCGGGCGCGGGUCAUAGCCUGGAGCGUUCUGAUGGCGGCGACCCGGCUCAACAAUUAUAUGGCGGCGGUACACGGAGAUCUCCGCUAG